AUAGGAGGACUCGAUCAGGUGCAAACAAAGAAUAAAAUCAAAUAAGAGAAACUAGCAAAGUCAUGUUGAGAGAGGCGACUGAUGACGUGCAUUCGACCCCUCGUAGUCCGCCGCCACUGCCUGUCUCGGCUCCGCCCUCGCAGAUCCGCUCACCGUCGGUGGCGGCAUCGUGGUUUGCGAGGACGCCGUCGACGAGCGUGAGAGACUACCUGGAGGAGGUGGGCCACCUCGCCGGCGGUGGUGCCGACAAUCGCGAUGCGUGGCUUCCGAUCACCGAGUCGAGGGACGGGAACGCCUACUACUCGGCGUUCCACAUCCUGAGCUCCGGGAUCGGGUUCCAGGCGCUGAUGCUUCCCGUGGCUUUCACUAUCCUCGGAUGGGCAUGGGGAGUAAUUUGCCUCACCUUGGCAUUCGUAUGGCAACUCUACACCCUUUGGUUACUCGUCCAUCUCCACGAAUCCGUCCCCAGUAUCCGUUACUGUCGUUAUCUCCACCUCGUCAAAACCAUUUUCGGCCCAAAGUUAGGGAAGUGCAUGGCCCAGUUCCCGAUCAUGUAUCUCUCCGCCGGGACGUGCACCGCCCUCAUCGUCAUCGGCGGCGGGAGCAUGAAGCUCUUCUUCGAGAUCACGUGCGGUCCGGCACGCGUCUCGAGGCCGCUCACAUCCGUCGAGUGGUACCUCGUCUUCGUGUGCCUGGCGGUGGUCCUCGCGCAGCUCCCGAACCUCAACUCCAUGGCUUUCGUCUCCCUCGUCGGGGCCGCGACCGCCGUCCUCUACUGCACCAUGAUAUGGGUAAUAUCUGUGAGCAAGGGGAGGCUGCCGGAGGUUUCUUACCAUCCUGUAAGGGGCAAGUCGGACGUUGAUGGAAUGUUGAACGUGCUCAAUGCUCUCGGGAUCAUUGCUUUCGCUUUUAGAGGCCACAACCUUGUCUUAGAAAUACAGGCUACCAUGCCGUCAACUCUGAAACGCCCAUCCCACGUGCCUAUGUGGAGAGGAGUCGGGGCUGCUUACCUGCUGAUCGCGUUGUGCAUGUACCCAGUAGCUAUUGGUGGCUUCUGGGCCUAUGGAAACCUGAUACCUUCAAACGGGAUCGUGAGUGCAAUGCACAAAUUCCACAGCCAUGACAUCUCCCGAGGCGUGCUCGGACUUACCACGUUGCUCAUCAUCGUAAAUUGCCUGAGCUCCUACCAGAUCUACGCGAUGCCGCCCUUCGACAACUUGGAGGCAGCAUACAUGAGCGUCGCGAACAAACCCUGCCCGCGAUGGCUCCGGUCUGGCUUCCGGGCUUUCUUCGGCUCGCUCACCUUCUUCGUCGCCGUGGCUCUGCCUUUCUUGUCGGAGCUCGCGGGCCUCCUCGGAGGGAUCGCAUUGCCGGUCACUCUGGCGUACCCCUGCUUCAUGUGGAUUCUUACCAAGAAGCCUAGGAGGUACGGUGGAAUGUGGUGCACCAACUGGUUUUUGGGAAGCCUAGGAAUGGGUUUAAGCGUGUUGUUGAUUAUUGGAGGGAUAUGGAGGAUUGUCGACAAAGGCCUCAACUUGCGCUUCUUUAAAGCAGCUCAGUGACAGAUGAAUUAUUAGAAGAAAAGAUGAAGUACCAGAAACCUUAAUGAAGACACGACGACACUGCGGCAUUGUUGAUAAACUAGGGGUGAUGUUCUCGUGAGAUGUAAAUCUAACUGAAAGAUCAAGUGACCGGUUAAAAUACUUUGAUGCAGGAAAAAGGGUGUGAACAUGAUAGACGUAGAGAGGAUCUGAAACCUGCCGGCAGACCUGGCAUUCACAACUGAGCGAGAAGAAUUUAAAAGCUUUCUUUAAAAGAUGCUAAAAAGAUGGAAAAUGAAUUUUCUGCCAAAAAAAACCUGCCUUCUAGGAUAUUUUCCAGGGAACCAGGCUGAAGAAAAGCUGUUGAAGUUAUAAAAGAAUUAUAAAAUUGAAGUAUUAUUGCUCUGCAAA